AUGGCUCCAUCACAAGUUACACCCCCAGCGGGACCCAAACACUUGCGAAUGAUCAUAAUGGGUCCUCCAGGUGCUGGCAAAGGAACCCAAGCUCCUCGAAUCAAGGAAAAGUAUUCAGUAUGCCAUCUAGCUACUGGGGAUAUGUUACGUGCUGCUGUCGCGGCUGGUACUGACGUUGGAAAAGAAGCCAAAAAAAUUAUGGACGCAGGUGGUCUCGUCACCGACGAAAUCGUCGUAAACCUGAUCAAGGACAAUCUAGACCACAACAAGGAAUGCAAGAAUGGAUUCAUCUUGGAUGGUUUCCCACGAACAGUGGUCCAAGCUGAAAAGCUAGAUCAGAUGCUGGAUGCCAAGAAACAACGUGUAGAUCAUGCUGUAGAAUUGCAAAUUGAUGAUGCAUUGUUGGUUUCGAGAAUUACGGGGAGGUUGGUACAUCCUGGCAGUGGCCGAUCCUACCACAAAGAAUUCAGUCCUCCGAAAGUCGCAGGCCAAGAUGAUUUGACUGGUGAACCACUAGUCCAACGUUCAGACGACACUGCGGAAGCACUAGUCAAACGUUUGGAUGCAUACCAUAAACAGACAACACCUGUAGUAGAUUACUAUCGUCGUAAAGGUGUAUGGCAUGGUGUUGACGCUUCGCAAAAACCAGCUACGGUUUGGGAAAAUCUGCAAGCCAUCUUUGCUGCUUCCAAUUAA